GAGUCGCUCGAAUUCCGGAUAUUUCGCACAGCUGAAAGCAACGACUAUGUCUCCCGCCGGGGGGAUUUGGGCUCCUGCAGCCUUGCGCGUUUUGCGCAAGCACCUGGUCAGCAACGCCCGAAUGGCGACCAAGAUGCUGCGCAGCAAGCUCUCUGCCGCCACCCGUACUGUCAACGCCGAACUCCAACCCAUCGCCGUCCGCACCGGCAACUCUCGUCAGCCAGUCCAUCCCGCAGCCUGGUUCCGCCAGCAGAAGCGAGCGGGCGGCGUCAAGUGGUUCUCCUCGGCCAACUUCAACGCCACCGCCCGCCGCUUCCUCAACAUCAGCGGCCACGCCGGCUCCAAGACGAGCUUCCGCUUCGACCGGUCCAAGCUUCCCAUCUCUCGCAUCUCCUGCGCCGUCGCCCAACUCACCGGCCGCGCCCCCUUUGCCUCGACCCUCCGCCCGAAGCUCACCGGCGGCACUCUCGGCCGCACCGCAGGCGGCUACGGCAUCCCCGGCUCCGGCCGGAUCGGCGGCGUUCGCCACUUCUCCCACACCCCGGCCGCUCCGGCACAGGUCGUACAGAAUGUCAGCCAAGCGAUGCGCGCCUUCUGGCUCUCGGGCCACCGGGCGCGCUUCGACGGCGUCGGGCCCAACGGCGAGAAGCGAUACCGGGCCGUCAGCGCCGCGCAGGAGGAGGCGCGCGUACGCAUGGCCAAGGCCAUGGCGAUGGCGCACCGACGCACGGGCGCGUUCGUCGACUUCCAGAUCAGCCCCACCGUCACGGCGCUGAGCCCGCUCGGCGCCACGGUGGUGCCAUUCAUGAUGCGUGCUGCCGAGGAGGAGCAGGCCGCGGCUGGCGGCGUUACGCUCAACGCCGAGGGCUUCCUCGAUGUGCUGUCUGUCGACUUUGCGCGCGCGCUGAAGGAUCUGGCGGCUGUCAUGACCGAUCUGAGGAGUCUGUCUGGGCUGGGAGACCUGCCUAUCACGCUGGAGAAAAAUAAUGUGCUCAGGGUGCGGUUCCCCGGCAUGGAUGCCGAGACGGUAGAGAGGCUGUGCGAUGACGUCGGAAUCAGGCGCGGCGUGGUCGGGCAGGAUCCGGACUUUGACGCUAGUCCUGCCGUUGAGGUUGCCCUCCGCUUCCCGUUUGCGCCGGAUGCUGGCUGUGAGGACACGCUUACCUCGCCUGGCGGCUCGCUCAGGUCGCGCGGGUCAAGGUCCUCGUCAUCGGAUGUGGAAGAGGCGUUGAUCGUCGAGGCCUUUGCGGAGAACCAUUGGCAUCUUUCGUCUGGAUCUGAGCCUGAAGGCUAUGAAAGCAUGUCGCCACCCAUUUUGAGCAGUUCUGAUGAGCAUUGCUCGGAGGACUUUGAGGGGCUGGAGGGUAUAUACCGGUUCUUGGAGGAGUGUGAUCGUGCUAGGGGACGCUUCCAGUGAUGUUGGGCACCCUUCGCUUAGCCUGGCGUUGAGCGUAGGGUAAGAUGUUGGAUUGGUAUGGGAUUGAUCUCAAGUGAAGGCCGUCACUCAUUUCUCUCCUAUGUUGUUUUGCAGUGUUCUGCCAGGGACAAGAUCUGAUGUACGUAUAUCUAGCAGACUAUGGGUGAACGCGGGUACUCCCGGUGUUAUCAGCGCCCCAACUUAGGGAGAUAUGAUUGCAAUUUACUUUUGAUGCCCUCAUUUUCAUG